UUACAGCUAUAUAUACAGUUACACAAUUUUACAGUUAUUGUUUUAUAGAAGAUUGAUUUUAUAGUCCCCAUCCUAAUAUUUUCAAUUUUGUGGACAAACUAUUACAAAUACAGUCUGAGACACAUAUUAAACUACGAAGUACAAUACAAAAAAAGAAAAUCACGAUCGUUCAAAAUUACGAUUUAUUUGAAGACCAAAUCAAUGGUUGAAUAUCAUGACUGAACAGCUCAAUGAAUCGCCUGAAAAGAUUCAGAGCGAGGGACGACAGCCCAAAAUCGUUGUAGACCCGAGACUUCAGAGCUCCCAUGGAUCGGACGAUUUGGAAAACGAUUAUCAGUUUUUUCGAACGUUGGUCAAAAACAACAUAUUUCAAUUGACUAACGUCUCGGACCAACGAGCGAUUUCGACUUGGUUGUGCAGAUGCGACGAGGAACGUGACAAGUCGUUAAAAUGCGGGAUCAUCAAACUGAUGCUGGUGUCGCUUCAGCACCCCAGCGGUAACAUGAAAUUAUUCAGACACUCGGCCCCGAAAAACCUACCAUAUCUGAUAAACACCCCGAAUUACCUCAGAGAAUUGGUCGACGACAUGUUGACAAACUUCGACUCCGACUCGGACGGCGACGACGAAGCAGACUGUGGGUCACCGUUAGGUUCCCGCUCCCGUCGCCCUCGCCGCCGAACAGUGUGCACGAACACCGCAGCCGUGUCGCCGGACAUGACCAGCAUCGCCACAGCGUUCACCGACAACCGUGGCGUGCAAGCGUUCUACGCCAGGUCCGACCACGCGGUGAACACGUGGCGUCUGCCCGACAGCGUCCGGUUUCCGGUGCACAGCCGUUCGGCGUCCCGAUGGGAGAAGGCGCUGACGACCGACUGCCCGCUGACUGCCCGGACGGCCGAUUCCACUAGAACUGCGCAGAAAAACGCCAAAAAAGAAUGGGAUUUGCCUGUCUUCUUACCAGAUGAAGGUAAACCGUGGCAAACACCGAAAUGGAAUACCAGCGAAGCCGAUCUGACUCCGAUGGAACAAAAAUGUCGUGGUUUAAUGUCGGAGCAAAUGUCACCCGAGGGCAACGCAUUUCGGUGGUACGAGCACAGCCGGUUGGACGGCAGCUUGAGACCUAUGCCUGAAUUUUGUACCGAUAAGGACGUAUGUGGUCAAGGGAAAAACCAACCAGAAUUGGACGAACGAGCCAUUAACGUGACGAACAAAAUAUAUCCAGAACGUGUUCAAAUCGUCGUCGAUCCACGUCUUAUCGCUGAGGUGGUCGGUACUACAGACCCACCUGACCGACGACAAUCGUGACGACUAGGAUGAUACCGCAAAGACGUAUACAAAAAAAAAAAACAGAUAGUCGGCACCGGGAUUCUAGGCAGCUUAUAAUCUAUGCUUCAUUCGACAGUAGUUAUUCUUCCUUAUAUACCCAAGUGUUAUAAUACCAAAACGACGUAAGACACUCAUUGCUAACAUUAUCCA